GUCCGUCCGUCGAGCCUUACGUAACGAUGCCCGAGCCCGGGAGCUGAUGGCCGCGCUCGUAUGGUGGCUGGCGGCCUGCUGCCUCGCCCGCGCCGCCACCGCCGGCAACCCCGACGCCAAGCGCCUCUACGACGACCUCCUCUCCAACUACAACAAGCUCGUGCGGCCCGUGGUCAACACCACCGAUGUCCUCCGCGUCUGCAUCAAACUCAAGCUCAGCCAGCUCAUCGACGUCAACCUCAAGAACCAGAUAAUGACCACAAACCUGUGGGUGGAACAGUCCUGGUAUGACUACAAGCUGCGCUGGGAACCAAAGGAGUACGGGGGGGUCCACAUGCUUCACGUGCCUUCAGACCACAUCUGGAGGCCUGAUAUUGUUCUGUACAACAACGCCGACGGCAACUACGAGGUGACGCUGAUGACCAAGGCCACCGUGUACUACAACGGCAUGGUGGUGUGGCAGCCGCCCGCCGUCUAUAAGUCCUCCUGCUCGAUCGACGUCGAGUUCUUUCCUUACGACGUGCAAACCUGUGUGCUUAAGUUAGGCAGCUGGACGUAUGACGGCUUCAAGGUGGACCUGAGGCAUAUGGAUGAGCAAGCUGGCAGCAACGUGGUGUCAGUGGGAGUGGAUCUCUCCGAAUUCUACAUGUCUGUUGAGUGGGACAUACUGGAGGUGCCUGCGGUCAGGAACGAGAAAUUCUACACGUGUUGCGACGAGCCGUACCUGGACAUCACAUUCAACAUCACCAUGCGGAGAAAAACGCUGUUCUACACUGUGAACAUUAUCAUACCUUGCAUGGGGAUCUCCUUCCUUACUGUGCUCACGUUCUAUCUGCCGUCGGACAGCGGGGAGAAGGUGACGCUGUCAAUAUCAAUCCUCAUUAGUCUCCACGUGUUCUUCCUGCUGGUGGUGGAGAUCAUCCCCCCCACGUCGCUGGUUGUGCCCCUCCUCGGGAAAUACCUCAUAUUCGCCAUGAUACUGGUGUCAAUCAGCAUAUGCGUAACAGUAGUGGUGCUGAACGUGCACUUCCGGUCGCCGCAGACGCACCGGAUGGCGCCGUGGGUGAAGCGGGUCUUCAUCCACAUACUGCCGAGGCUGCUCUUCAUGAAACGGCCUCAGUACAAGUUCGACACAACCAGGUCGCGCUACACCGCAUGCGGUGUGGUCGUGCGGUGCGGCGGCGCGGCGCGGCCACUCUACCCGUACCGGUUGGCCGCUGCGGAGGACGACUGCUGCGCGCCGGGCGCGUGGCCGCCUCCCGCGCCGCACCCGCGACCGCUCACUAGAACGCCGAGUAAGGAGGACUUGACACACACCACGUAUCUGAACUCAGGUAUGAGCGACAGCAAUCGCUUCGGCGGCAGCUGCGUGGUCCACGGCUCAACAGAGGGCGGCGCGCUCAACGGCGGCGUUGAGGAAGAGCUCAGCCCCGUACCGGACCCGCCUCCCGGGUUCAGCCACUCCUCGUGCCCGCCUGAAGUGCACCGCACCUGCUUCUGCGUGCGGUUCAUAGCAGAGCAUACGAGGAUGCUUGAAGACUCCACUAAGGUAAAAGAGGACUGGAAGUACGUAGCCAUGGUGCUAGACCGACUGUUCCUGUGGAUCUUCACCCUGGCCGUGCUGGUCGGUACGGCGGGUAUCAUCCUACAAGCGCCCACGCUGUACGACGAUCGCGUGCCCAUUGACAAGGCCUUCAACCAGAUAGCCACAUCCACACUCGUGCGGUGCCCGCCGCCGGCGUAAACCUUAUGUAAUAAAUAGUCGGACGCUGGUCUCGCUGUGAUUCUAUCCUCCUGGGUGAGGAAGCAUUUGUUUUCUUUUUGAAUUUGGAACCUUUCGUUUCUCGAUACAAGUCCAAAAUAAGGAGGCUGUAGCUGCUAACACAUUACCGCACCGCACUAAGGUUAUCCACAUACUAGUUAUCAUGUAAGUGGAAACGAGAAAGAAUUUUUUUUUCAUUCUGACUUAUGUGAAAAAUCGAAGGUCUCGGUACGGUGCGGUCGUUGUUACAUACGACACUAUAAAAUUUCCAUGACCAUUAGGGCCCAUUUAGACGGUACGAGAACUCGCAUACGAGUUUUAUUACAUUACGGUAUUUGAUGGCUGUGCAAAAUUGUAUGUAACCUCAACAGCUCGCAAUGUAACUAAAAUCGCAUGCGAGUUCGCACGCCGUCUAAAUCAGGCCCUAAACAUGUUAAAAUAAAUUAUUUUCGAGUCGAGUUUUCUUUUUUAUAAGGGAUGCCAACUAAGCACUGCGGUGUGGUCAGGUUUCUAAAUUAUGUCAAAUCGGUUACCUACUCGCGUAAAAAUCCGUACAAACGAUCUUUACUCAUUGUAAAAUGCUCCGAUAAGAACAUCUUUGAAAAACAGUAUUGAACAAUUUUAAUAAACAAACGAGUAACGCUGUGUUUGCUGAAAUUUAACUACCUACUUACUAGUACCUCAAGCAAUUGAAUGUGGGGUUAGUUUUGUAUUCAUUUGAUGUUUUAAUGUUUGUAUUCAGACAAGAGCUCAAUGCAAAAUAACAAGUAAAAUAUGUAUGUUAAAUAGUUGAUUGCUA